GUCUGGAAUCAAUGAGCAGACGAACAAACAUGGCGCUCGCCCGUGCAUCGCUGCGUUUGUGCUGCCGUUUCACUUCCGCGAGAUGUCUAUCGACGACGCAGGCUUGGAGAGCGCAGUUCUCAAUUCAAGACAAGGAAGACUUCAAGUCUAAGGUGCUCGACAGCAAGAAGCCCGUCGUGGUCAACUUUCGCGCCACCUGGUGCGGGCCGUGCAAGAUGCUCACCCCUCGGCUGGAGGCAGCGGUGGACGCAAGGGGCGACAAGUUGGACCUCGCCAAAGUGGACAUUGACGAGCAGGCUGACCUCGCCUUUCAGUACGAGGUCGAAGCUGUUCCUGCUGUGAUCAUGUUCAAAGACGGCCAGGUGACGGACCGCUUCUUGGGUCUCAAAGACAAGGACCAGAUCGAAAGCUUUCUGGACAAGGCUGUCGGGUCAUGAUCUAAUUCCCUGCGAUCCGCCACUGCCACCGUAGUUAAUUUCCUUUAAAAUGUUGUAAAUAAAGUCCGUCUUGCAUGAGGAUG